AUGGCAGAGGGCGUCAGGGUGGGCUUCAACUAUGCCAAGCCCAGCUGGGCCGGCAAGCCCUGCUUUGACACGCUGUCACUGGACCUCAUCGUAGCCGGUGAGGUGAAGCGUCGUGUGGAUCUCGAUGUCCGCGAGCACGACGCCUUUCUUAUCGGCCGCGAGAAGAACUGCGAUGUGGUUUUGGAGGGCCUCGAGAAGAUGGCCUCAAGGUACCACUGCGUGCUGCAGUGCAAGGAGGGAUCUCCAGAUGUCUAUGUUUACGACCUGAAGAGUUCCCAUGGAACGGUCCUGAACGGCAAGCAGCUCGACCCCCACAAGUUUGAGCCCAUGCGCAUCGGCGGCCAGUUGAAGUUCAACGCGAUCAGGCCUUCGGUGCGGGACGUUCUCGCUGUGCUCUGUGGUCCAGAAGAGGCGAUGGAGGAGGAGGGCGACAUCGACUUGAGCGCCUUCCGGGAAGAGGCCGCGAAGGAGCGCGCCGCGCGUGAGCAGGCGAUGCUGAAGGACUUGGAGAGGCGAAAAGCGGCAAAGAAGAAGCGCAUGCAGCUCGAGGCGCAGCGCGAAGCCGUGGCGAAAGCCUAUGCAUCCAAGGCUGAGGACAGGAUGAAAAAGCAGAAGGAGUUGGAGGCAGCUGACAAAGAGCGCAUCCAUCAGGUGACCUGGGGAAUGGGCGAAGAUGCGGUGGAAACCAACACGGAGGAGCUGCACGACGAUGCGAAGAAGCUGCUGGAUGCCAACGGGAAGCUCGACCUGGAGAAGGUGAGAGAGCUGCAGCUGACCCAAAAGCAGGAUGCCAUGGUGCAGAAGCUUGAGCAAAAGCAGCGGAAGAUCGCGAAUUUGUUCAAGGAGAAGCAGCGACAAGAGGACCAAGCUUCUUAUCGGGCACAGAGGAAGGCCCAGGCAAACCUGGACAUCGAUGAGCUGCCGGAUAGUGGCAUGGGCUCGCAGAACAUGGAGCGCCUCGCAAAGCUCGAGGAGAAGAUCCAGAAGAGCGAGGAAGACUUUGCAGCGCAGGCCGACACGCUCUUCGUCUCCUUGGGGAUGAAGCGUGCGGGCUUCAGCGAACGGGUGAGCAAGCGAACGGCGGCCCUCUACGACACUCGGGACGAUCAGAGCGACGACGAGUUUUUCGACCGGACAGCUGUGCAGAAGGCUUCGACACCGAAGGUGGAGGAGUCUGCCGAUAUUCCAUCGGAGCUGAUGGGCCUUCCCACGCUGGAUGAUGUCGAGAAUCAGAAGUCCUUGGAGGUCAAGGUGAGCCAGCUCAAGACGGAGCAGGCAAGGGUCUCUGCACAGCUGGCAGCCGAGAAGGUGAAGGCCAAAAAGCAGGCUGACCAGCAGGAGCCCGAGGACUCCCUGGACGCUUUCAUGAAUGCCACGGUGGCGGAGCUCCGACAGGACCGAGGAGACAAGCUCCAAAGGCGCGCUGAGGUGAUCAGCGAGCGACUGGUGAAGUUCGAGGCAAUGCUCCGGGAAGCCAAGAAGAACACCGAGGAGGUCCUCUCGGUGCCGGUCAAGCGGCAGAAGACCGAGGUGUCAGCUGCUCCCACUGCGCCUGCGUCCAAAUCAAAGAACGCGCCAGCCUCCACAGCAGAAGUGUUGGCCCGACUCACUGAGAAGGAAGCGAAGGCUGCAGCCAAGGCUGAAAAAGCAGAGCAGAAAGCCGAGGAAGAAGCGGCUUCCGCUGUGCCUCGGGCGCCGGCUCGUGCCGGGCCAGCGGAGCCGAAGGCUAGCGAAGUGAAAGUCGAAGCUCCGGGCCAGUCGGCACCGCCUGCGACGCCCGAGCCAGCUCCGAAGGCUGCGAUGGCCCCCCCCGCGCGAGCGCCUUCCAAGAGGGUGCACAUCGACCCGGAGCGGGCCGGCCUGCAGUGCAUGGCGGCCGAGCCUGCCGCAAAGAAGAAGAAGGUUUACGGCGUUGCCAUGCCGCCCUCUCGUGACUUGGAUCAGGCCGCUUCCGGAGAAUAG